AACCACUCGCCUCUCUGUUCCAGUGUGUUUACUACACUGCCGAGCAUACGGGGAGACACUCGUCUUCACAUGCACUGAACCCACUGAGAAAACCCGCUUUUAGUCGCAUUUGUCAGGAAACCUCCACGAGAUCAACAUGCCCAAGAGAAAGGCACAGGGAACGGAAGGAGGAGACAAGGAGGAGCCCCAGAGGAGAUCGGCUCGGUUAUCGGCGAAACCAGCUCCUCCCAAGCCGGAGCCAAAGGUGAAGAAGGCGGCAAAGAAAGAAAAGGUGGUGAACGACAAGAAGGAGGACAAGAAGACCAAGAAGGCGAAGGAGAACGCCGAGGCGGAGGCCAACGAGGAGAACCACUCUGAGAACGGAGAGGCCAAGACCAACGAGGUGGAGGCAGCCCCCGAGGAGGCCAAGGAGGAGGCCAAGUCCGAGUAGCACCACUGCCCCAUCCCUAUCCCUCCCCCCGACCCCCGACCCCUCCAGCUUCCUCCUCCUACUCUACAUCCACCUCCCCUUCUUCUUCCCCCCCACCCCUUCCUCAAGUCUCUCACAUGGUUUCCCCCCUCCGAGGCGUAUUGUUAACAGAGGAAUAUUUUUAUCAAUGAUUUUAUAAGUAUCCGUACAGAUUUUUAGCACAAAAAAGCGAAGCUGAUAAUGGAGCGCCCUAGCAGAUGUGCAGUGGUCAUAUCAAGUGUCUGCGGGCAAGGAAUAAAGAAAAAAAACCACACUAAAAUCUUUUUUAAAUGGCAUUUCAUGAUUGUUGAAGGCUUGUUUGGUGUAGAAAGCGUGUCCCUUUUUGCCGGAUUGGCUAAUGUCGUGAGUUGUGUAUUACUGUGUUUAUUUCCCCUCCGACCCCCCAAACUCUCUCUCUCUCUCUCUCUCUCUCACUGUCUCUCUCUCUCUCUCCCUCCUUCUCCUGCUCUGUCCCACAAAUUAGACUACCCACACCCAUCCGCCCGCUCGCCCCCCUCCCGACAGAUCAGCCUUUGUUCAUCUUUUAUUAACGGUUCAGCCAUGUUCAUGUGGGUGAUUCUGUUAGACCUCUAAAUGUGCAGUGAGUUCCCUCUCUCUCUCUCUCUCCCCUUUCCCCCCUCCCACUUUUGUUUUAUGAUCUCGUUUCUUUUCUCUUUUAUUCACUUAAACUGUGUUUUAAACAAACAGACGAAGAAAAACAAAAAAAAGGUGUGUUUAAGCGUGUUGUCCAUAAGAAAGAGGAAGACGAACAAGUGAAACAUUCCGGGAAAACAGCGAUUGCCUCCGACCCCCCCGCCGCCUCCCGUCUCCUUAGACGACCCUGCGUGUUAAAUAAGAUUUAAAAAAGAAAAAAAACUUUGAAAAAACAAAACAAAAACAAAAAAACGUCAAAAAGACUACAGCUCCUGCUCCAUCCGGGCUGUCGCGUCAGCUUUUCUAAACACUCGGUUUUUGGGUUCUUUUGUUGUUUUUCUUUCUUUCUUUCCUUCUCUCUCUCUCUUUUCCUUUGUUUCUGUUUGUUUUUAUUGAAUUUGGAUUCCUUCUCUAACUAAUGCAGGUGUCUGGUCCCUCUCUUAUGUUCUGCAAUUCUCUUAAUAAAAACAAGUCCUGGAAAUUUUCCUCGAA